UCUUGGGGAAGAAGUUGAUCUCCAGGGCACAGAGAGUGAUAGGAUCUGGAAAGCUCACUGGGCUUGCCUACUGGAAACCCAGCCGUCCAUCAAAGCAGCGUCCUUGGCCCUGACUGAUAUUUUAAUCCUUCUUCACAAAUCUCCAACCUGAAAAAGGCAUGGUCUACUUCUCUUGCAUCUUGGGGUUCUGGAUUUUUCUUCUUCACGGCUAUGUCACAGGAUAUUCCAAGCAAAGGACCUCGGAAUCAGGAAGUGUCAGGAACUGCACAAUCAUGCCUCCGCAUCUGCCUCCUACGGUGACCAACACGAGCGAGCGACUGAGCACUCUGCGGCAGCUCAUGCGCUCCCACAACAUCACAGCUUACAUCAUUCCCUCCACGGAUGCGCACAUGAGUGAGUACAUUGCAGAACGGGACAAAAGGUUAUCCUGGAUGUCAGGCUUUACCGGAUCAUCAGGGACUGGAGUGGUCACCCUGCAGAAGGCGGCCCUCUUCACUGACAGUCGCUACUGGAUCCAGGCUGAACGCCAGAUGGAUUGCAACUGGGAGCUGCAGAAAUUAGUUUGGAUUUCAUCUAUUGGGGAGUGGAUACUUAAGGAAGUUCCUGCUGGGGAGAACAUUGGAUUGGAUCCCUACCUCAUUUCCAUUGAUGACUGGAAAAGCUACAAUCAGGCCCUCCAGGAUUCAGAUAGGAUCCCCAUCCCCAUAGACGGCAACCUAGUAGACCAGGUGUGGGGUGCACAGAGGCCUCCUCCACCCACCAGCAAGAUCUACGCACUCCCAGACAACUUCACGGGGAGCACCUGGCAGGAGAAGGUUUCCAAUAUCCUGAAACAGAUGGAGAAUCAUAUCAAGAAACCCACUGCAGUCUUGCUUUCUGGUCUGGAGGAAACGGCCUGGCUUUUCAAUCUUCGAGGAGAUGACAUCCCUCACACACCCGUCUUCUAUGCUUACACUCUUCUCACUACAAAGAAUAUCAGUCUCUUUGUGGAUGUGCGUCGGCUGAGUGAAAAGGCUCUCCAGUUGCUGACAGCGCAGUGCCUGGAUUCCUUGUGCAUUCGGGUGGAGAGCUAUGAAAACGCAAGUGCUGUUGUGACAUCUUAUGCCCAGCAGGACGGUGUUCGCAUUUGGAUCGGAACAGAGUACACCACUCUGGAGCUCUAUAGGAACAUCCCCCAGGAGAAACUCCUGGCAGAGGACUACUCUCCUGUCAUGAUAACCAAAGGAGUGAAGAAUGCCAAGGAGCAGGAGAUGCUGCAAGCCGCCCACGUACGAGAUGCUGUAGCACUGAUCCGAUACUUGGUCUGGCUGGAAAAGAAUGUUCCCACCGGUUCUGUGGAUGAAAUCUCUGGGGCACACUACGUGGAUCGCUUACGUAGGGAGGAGCUGUACUGCCAUGGACCCAGCUUUGAGACCAUCUCUGCCAGCGGUCUGAAUGCAGCUCUGGCCCACUACAGCCCCUCCAAUACUACCAGCCGGACACUGUCUGUGGAUGAAAUGUACCUUGUGGAUUCUGGAGGCCAGUAUCUGGAUGGAACAACAGACAUAACCCGGACUGUCCACUGGGGGGAGCCCACUCCUUUUCAGAAGGAAGCAUACACACGUGUGCUGAUGGGAAACAUUGACCUUUCCAGACUUACCUUUCCAUCAAAAACAUCAGGCAGAGUGGUGGAGGCUGUCGCACGCCGAGCCUUAUGGGAAGUGGGACUCAACUAUGGCCACGGCACUGGCCACGGCAUCGGCAACUUCUUGUCUGUCCACGAGUGGCCUGUGGGCUUCAUGUCCAACAACAUACCCUUGGAAAGGGGCAUGUUCACUUCGAUAGAGCCAGGUUAUUAUCAGGAUGGCGAAUUUGGGAUCCGUCUGGAGGAUAUUGUGCUCGUGGUAGAAGCGGAAACUAAGCACCAAGUGAGUGAAACACCCUACCUGACUUUCAAGGUUAUCUCGUUGGUGCCUUAUGACCGGAACCUUAUUGAUGUGAAGCUUCUAUCACAGGAGCAGAUCCAAUACCUCAACAGCUACUACGAGACCAUCCGCAAACAUGUUGGGCCUGAACUGGAGAGACGCCAACUAUACGAAGAGUACCGUUGGCUGCAGGAGAAUACGAAGCCCCUUUCUCCUGCUUCUCUGAUGGCCGCCUCCCUGGGCACCCUUGCCAUGAGCACCCUGGCCUCUACUCUUGUGACUGGUGUGUAGGACUGAGGGGCACCCAACAUUAUCUCAUUGCCCCUCACCCCUGCUCUUAAGCCUCACCGGUCGUAGCAUUCAGAACUUCCCUCUGCUGCCUGCCUUUAGCUUAAGAGCAUCUUGGCCUACCUGACUGCUACUAUCCUUUUUCUUUGGGAUCAAACCGUACCGCGUCUCCCUCAAAGACUGAUGAUAAACAAGGACAUAUUUUUACUUCUGAGCCAACAGUUUCUAGCUGAGUUGCAGUGGAGGGCAGUGUGCCUGGGUUGCCCGCUUCCCUGAGUAUUUGUGCCCUCUGCAUUGGCCAAGACAAACAUGAAACACACGCGCGGAGCUAUCUUCUACUGAGCCAGGACAUGAAUCUGUCAAAUCUGGUCUUGUCCAUUCUGACUGGCAGUAGCUCUCCAGGGUCACUUGAUCUUUUUAUUUGGAGAUGCCAGGGUUUAUGCUGGGACCUUCAGCAUGCAAAGCAAAGUGCUCUACCACUGAGCCAUAGCCUCACCCCAUAAAUAUGAACCUGCCUUAGCUCAAGACCCUUUGGUCCGUCAAGGUCAGUCUUGUCUACUGUGACUGGCAGGAGCUCUCUAGGGUCUCAGGUGGAGGUCUUGCACAUCACCCUGUCACAAUCUUUUUAUUUGGAGAUGCCGGGGAUUGAUCCCGGGACCUUCCGUAUAUAAAGCAGAUGCUGUACCACUGAGCCAUGACACAUGGAGCUGUCUUGGUUCAAGUCAGACCAUGGGCUCAUCAAGGUCAGGCUUGUCUGCUUUGACUGGCAGCACCUCUCCGGGGUCUCAGGAAGAGGUCUUUCACAUCCCCGUCUACCUGAUCCUUUUAAGGGAGAGACUAAGGAUUGAACCAGGGGCCUUCUAGAUGCAAAACAGCUGCUCUGCCUCUGAACCACAGCCCCAUAUCUAAGUGCAACAUACUGAAAAGGGAGCUCUCAACAUAUUGGUCAUUGUUUUAUCUUACUGAUUCCCCUCCACCCCCCCCCCCACAGCAGUAGUCCCUUCCAGGGCUUUUUUUCAGGGGGAACGCAGGGGAACGGAGUUCCGGAACCUCUUGAAAAUGGCCACAUGGCUGGUGGCCCCGCCCCCUGAUCUCCAGACAGAGGGGAGUUGAGAUUGCCCUCCGCGCCCAAUCUAAACUCCACUCUGUCUGGAGAUCAGGGGGUGGGGCCACCAGCCAUGUGACCAUUUUCUCUGAGGGCAACCCACUGAGUUCCACCACCUCUUUUCCCAGAAAAAAAGCCCGGGUCCCUUCCACUUUAUGGCAGAAAGCUUCACACCACUAACAAAUUCCAGCAGUUUGAGAGCAGCACUGCGAUUCAGUAAUACACAGAAUUCCUUUCAGGGAGAAGCUGUUGCUCCAUAAUCCUCUCAAGGCUUUAAGAACACAUUAGGCAGGAAGACAAGCUGAGAUAAGAUAAAUGUUUUGUUGUUUGAUUACACCGGUUUUAAGUUUUACCUUGGAUCUUCGAGAUAGCUUCUGUAAAUAAAAUGGCUCCUAGUUAAUGUG